AAAGAACAAUGCGGAAAGAGGAGAAAAACAGGGAGGAGAGGAGGACGGUAACGCGUCUCGACACGCGGGUCGUUGACACGCGAGGUAAUUGGCGGCCAGUUUCGUGUUAACGGGUCGCGGAGGGUGCCGCGGUGACCCCGAUUCGAACCACCGUAUCAAUUCUCCAAACCUGUCACCCGCCACUAUCCGUCCACCGCACGCACGCUUUAUUUUCCAACUGGAAAGAGAGAGCAGGCUUCGGUAAAUUGGAGCUUGCUAAUCGUAAGAAGAGGUCAGUAGUGCAGUUUAGCCACGGUAUAAGAGCGGCCCCGACACCGCUUACUACUCCACUAAAGUAGUUGGAACGUUGCACGGUGCCAGCAUGAACGUAGUGCUGAACGUAGUGCCAUUUUUCUUAGCCGCGCGCGUCUCCCUGGACGCGCCGUGGAGGCACGGGCCCGAGUACACUUUCCACGUCCAAGUGAACUCGACCGCGAUCCCCGAGGAGGGUAGCUACAUAAGCAUCCGGUUGAACGUGGCGUCGAAGCUCGUGUGCCAGCCGAAACGGUUCCACACGCUCACCUGCCAUUUUCGGGAGUCGAAGGCGGACAGUUACGUGACCGAGAGCUUGGAUCCAGGCGCGCCCGCCAUCCCUGUCAGCCGGGUCUCGAGGCAGCAGGCGUACGAGAUCAAUCAGGAGCAGUUCGAGAUCAGGUUCACGGAGCAGGGAUUGGACAGCCUGGUGGUGAACGAGAACGUGCAGCCGAGGGAGUUGGACAUGAUCCGGGUGAUCGUCGGCCAGUUGAACAUCGGCGCCCUGGUCGGGGAAUACGAUCGAACGUUCGAGCUGAUGGAGAACUUCACUCAGGGCGAGUGCGUGACCAUGUUCACCGUGGAGCGGAACGCGGUGGCGGGUUUGCGCCGCAGGGAUCGGGAUUACGUUUUGGAGACGGUGUUCGGGUUGAAGGACGGCCAGUUGGUCGAGAUCAGGAAGAUCAGGAACCUUCACAUGUGCACGCACAAGGUGCCCUAUUUCUUCGGCAGCGCGGAGGGUAUGAAACAAAUGAGCGACGUGGUGUCGACCGUGAGCUCGUCGGAGAGUCACAUAGCGAUCACCUCGACCGAGUUCAUAUCCGGGACCACGAACGUGAUCACUACCAGCAAGGUGUCCGAGGGGAUGGUGACGACGUUGUACGAGAACAUAAGCGUGAGGCUGGAAUCGAUCUUGGCGGCCAGGGACGAUCCGCCGGAAGUGAAGGAUCCCGAGCUGGCAAGCAUGUUCAUAGGCAGAUGGCUGAUGGAGAACUCGAUGGAGGAGGACGACGGGGACUCGUCGUUGGAGGUUUGAUCUCGAGUCCUUGAAACGCC